CAUGAUGUUUAAUUUUAAUAAAUAAUACAAAUUACUGACCUCUAAAAAUAAUUAGUCACAGAAACGUCGUUUUUAUCAGCUUUAUCCAAUCACCGCCUCGCCGAAAGGUCCAAAGAUGAAAAUCAAACACUGCGAAUUUGUAGCCCUACGGAAGCCCGAGCAGUCAAACCAAAGCGGAACGAGCAAGCGAAUAGUUAGACACCAGACAACAACACCGACCUGAACUCUUCGGCUACAUGUUAUCCACUUAAAUAAAUCAAUUAACCCCACAGGGUGCGUUUAUUUUACUUUAUUUUGAUAAAUCUGCUCCGCUAACUCCGCACUGCAGCUUCUUCUUUUGCUUCUGCCUGCAGUCAGAGUUGGAUCGAUCUUAACACUCCUGCUUCUCGUUACCGGAUAAGCUAUGGUAUUAGGCUUCGUUAUGACCUUUGCAUUGACUUUAGGACAUUAUAAACUGCUAUGAGCCUGCAGGAAAUGUUCAGCUGGACGGUGGUCGUCCUCACCUGCCAGCACAAAGACACCGUCUACUCCUUUCAGAGAGAGUUAGAGUUGCGGCAGCAGCGUGGCUCUCUGUCUCCGGAUGCGUUGGUUUUGACGGUGCAGGAUCGCCAGGAGCCGGUUGGCAGUGGCGGGGCGACGUUCAAUGCUCUGCUGGUCGCUGCAGAACACCUGAGCAGCAGAGCUGGACACACUGUGGUGACAGCAGACGUCCUGGACGAUGCUCACAUCCUCAUCCUCCACACAGGUCGGGAUUUCCCCUGGAGCUCCUGCAGCCGAGCUUUCUGCUGGCUACCUCAAGAGAAACAUGACCAGAGAGUCCAGGCUCCAGUCUGCUGUCUGGACCUGCUGCUGGACUGCCUCAGUAACCAGAUUUGUCCUGGUUCUCCUCCUGGCGUUUGGGUCUGCAGCACUGAUAUGAUCCUGACCAUACCUCCUGACUUUGCUUUGUCCUGGGAGGGUUUCUCUGGUGUUCGUGUUUUGGCGUUACCAGGUGAAGUCUCCUAUGCAGCCAAUCAUGGAGUCUACCUGUCCGACCAACAGGGUCAGGUCAGAGACAUCAUCUACAAGGGGACAAAGGAGCAGAUCCAACAAUCAGUGAUGCCCGAUGGGAAAGUACCACUGGUGUCAGGUCCAGUCUUCUUCAGCAGGUCUGUAUCAGAGAAGUUAUUGCAGACUCACGUCACUCCUCCUCUGGACGGCUGCACCUACCUGGGCCUGGACUCUGGAGCUCCGCCCCUUAAAAUCUCUCUCUUCCUGGACGUGCUGAAGUGUCUCUGCUCAGAUUUGACUCAGGAUCAGUUUGUGAGUGAAGACAGAGCCGGCUGUAGUUCAGCUGGUGGUCCACAGGGUGCGCCGGUGAGGGGUGGCAGGACAGAGCUGUGGAGGAUCUUGAGAGGAGCUCCACUCAGCCUGGUUUACGUUCCUGGCGGUCGUUAUGACUACCUGACUCUGUCCGGAAAACAACACAUCGACCGACUGACCCGUGAUUGGACAGAUGGAAACACUCUCUCACACAUCCAGAGUAAGAGCGGCGUGAGCGAAGGUCAGGUGAUCAACAGCAUUCUGGAGGGAGAUGUUACUGUGGCGACUGGAGCAGUGGUGCAACACUGCCACCUACAGGGUCCUCUGGAAGUCCCGUCAGGUUGUCUACUGUCGGGUCUCGAGUUGUCCACGUCACAGUGUAUCAGGCAGCUGUUGCUGGCCAGUGACAUCAUCAUACAGGGACAUCGAAUUCAGCUGGGAGAACUGAAGCUGAACGUCUACACAGUGAUGGGAGCUCAGGACGACCUGGAGGUCUCCUCUAAUGAUGAUGAUGAUGAUAAAGCCUCCUUCCUCAACCACAGAUGGAGCCUCUUCUACAGCAAAACUGGAAUACAGCCUGAGGAGCUGUGGGUCAGAGGAGAACAGCGCUCCCUGCUGGAGGCUCGUCUCUUCCCAGUCCUCCACCCCAGAGAAGGUGCCGUGGGUCUGGAGGGAGGUGUCGGCUGGCUGCUGGGCGGACCUGGCUGUCUGCGGAGGUGGAGGGAGGCGUGGAGACUGUCGUUAAAGGAGGUGCUGGCCCUCACCCACCAGGAGGGGGAGCUCCAGUGGAGGGAGGAGUUACUGUUCCUGGCGGGGAGGAGGAGGGUGACUGACGCCCUGACAAGUCGGACAGACGUCUGCCUGUUGCCUUGCUUCAGGGCGGCAGCUCUGGGAGGCCAGCAGGGAGCGCUGCUGGAAACACUGGACAGCAUUGCAGCAGGUAGCGGGAUGGGGCCCGGUGCAGAGUUGGGCGUGGCCGCUCGCUGUCUCUCCUGUAUCGCCGACGUGUUGGUGUGCAUGGCCAAAGGUAGAGGGGGGCUGAGAAGUGGGCCAGCUGCUAAUGAGGCCUGGAGCUCCGCCUACUUCCUGUUAGAGGAGGGUAACCUGAGGGGCGGAGUCAAUGCCUUGGCUACACAGAGAGCUCAUUGGCUCAGCAGGCCGGAUUUGCUAGUGCGGGCGGCACGACAUUACGAGGGCGCUGGUCAGGUGCUGCUGCGACAGGCUGUGAUGUCAUCGCAGAGGUUCAUCUCCAUUGGCCAGGGUGAUGUCCCGCCCCUUGAGCAGUGGCAGGAAGUGGAGUGUCCGGCCAGACUGGACUUAGCAGGCGGCUGGAGCGAUACGCCUCCCAUCGCCUUUGAGCAUGGCGGCUCUGUCACCAAUGUUGCAGUGAAGGUUGAUGGGAAGCGUCCUAUUGGUGCCAGGGCCCGUCGCAUCAGAGAGCCCCGCCUCCUGCUGGUCAGCUACACUGGCGGGCGGGACAGUGGAGUUUCCACAGAGACGGUGUGUGAUAGUCUGGAUGACCUGAAGGACUACUGUCAGCCACAUGCACCUGGAGCGCUGCUGAAGGCGGUGUGUGUGUGCAGCGAUCUGGUGUCUCUCUCUUCCCAGCACUCUCUAGGGGAACAGCUGAUGCAGCGAUGGGGAGGAGGGGUGGAGCUCCACAGCUGGUCAGUGCUGCCCACAGGAUCAGGACUGGGUACCAGCAGUAUCCUGGCGGGGGCGCUGCUGGCUGCAGUCUACAGAUGCACAGGUCGAACCUACAACACAGACUCACUCAUCCACGCUGUCCUCUACCUGGAACAAAUACUGACCACAGGUGGAGGCUGGCAGGAUCAGGUCGGAGGUCUGGUGGGCGGGGUCAAGGUGGGUCGUUCCAAGGCGUCUCUGCCCCUGCAGGUGGAAGUGGAACAUCUCAGUCCUCCAGACGACUUCCUGGUGUCUCUGGAGCAGCACCUCCUGCUGGUGUACACCGGCAAGACUCGUCUGGCUCGCAACCUUCUGCAGGAUGUGGUGCGUAGCUGGUACAGUCGUCUUCCCUCGAUGGUUCAGAACGCCCACCAGUUGGUGGCUAACUCAGAGGACUGUGCCAGAGCAUGUACAGACGGCUCUCUGUCCGGACUCGGUCUAUGUCUGGACCGCUCAUGGCAGCAGAAGAAGCUCAUGGCUCCCGGUUGUGAGCCGGCUUCAGUGAGAGCCAUGAUGGACGCUCUGAGGCCGCUGGUCCUGGGUCAGAGUCUGGCCGGGGCUGGCGGCGGCGGUUUCCUCUAUGUACUGACCCGGGAGCCACAACAGCAGCAGGCGGUGCUUCAAGUCCUCAACAACACAACGGGUCUGGGAGACUUCAGUGUUCACUCUGUGGAGCUGGACAUGGAUGGGAUCACAGUCCUACCACCAUCCUGAGGAUACACACACACACACAC